GAUCAUCCCAAUGUUUCACAAGUCCGUCAGGCAUCAAUCAAGGUUAACGUGGUGAAAUGCACUUAUUCGUAAAUCCAGCAACAUUUUAGCUCAUCUACUUUAAACAAACAUAUUUGUUACAUUUCAAAUCUAGCAAUAGUAUUCAAUUUCAACACCCAACCGUUUUCUUUAUUUAUGUUCACAGUUGAGCAGCUCCACCCCAUUAAGCUCCCUUAAAAACCCCAUCUCGCAGAUUCAUUUUUCAUGGCUUCUUGUCCUAUGGAUCAACUAAAGUCUCAACCUUUAUGGGUUCUUGCUCUUCUAACUCUCAGUUCUUUGUACUUGCUCAAGUUCUUGUUUUCUAUUCUCAGAUGGGUCUAUGUUAAUUUCCUCAGGCCUGCAAAGAAUCUCAAGAAAUAUGGUUCUUGGGCUUUGGUCACCGGACCCACUGAUGGCAUUGGUAAAGCUUUUGCCUUUCAAUUGGCUAGAAAGGGUCUCAAUCUAGUUCUUGUGGGUCGAAACCCUGAGAAGCUUAAGGAUGUUUCGACUGCGAUUCGAGCUAAGUUUGAGAGAAUUGAGAUUAAGACUGUGGUGGUGGAUUUUUCUGGGGAUUUGUCAGAUGGGGUUAAGAGAAUUGGGGAAGUGAUUGAGGGUUUGGAUGUUGGGGUUUUGAUUAAUAAUGUGGGGAUUUCGUAUCCAUAUGCGAGGUUUUUUCAUGAAGUGGAUGAGAAGCUGUUGGCUGAUUUGAUUAAAAUUAAUGUUGAAGGGACUACUAAGGUUACUCAGGUAGUGUUGCCUGGAAUGAUUAAGAGGAAGAGGGGGGCAAUUGUUAAUAUUGGUUCCGGUGCUGCUAUUGUCAUUCCUUCGGAUCCUCUUUACUCAGUUUACGCAGCAGCCAAAGCAUAUGUUGAUCAGUUCUCAAGAUGCCUCUAUGUGGAGUACAAGAAGAGCGGUAUUGAUGUGCAAUGUCAGGUUCCCCUGUAUGUGGCGACAAAAAUGGCAUCAAUUAGAAGAUCUUCUUUCUUUGUACCAUCAACUGAUGGAUAUGCCCGGGCUGCCAUGCGAUGGAUUGGCUAUGAACCACGAUGUACACCUUACUGGCCACACUCUAUCAUGUGGGCUUUGGCAAACUCUUUGCCUGAGGCUGUUGUUGAUGCUUGGCGUCUGAAUUUCUGUCUUGCAAUCCGUAAGAAGGGACAGUCUAAAGACUCAAGGAAGAAGGAAUGAACAGCUCUAUAUCUAUCUUCGGUUCAGAACUUUCCCUACAGCAGUUUCCAAAAUUAAUCCUGGAUUUGUUACUGGGAUGUACAUUUUAAGACUGUUGUUUUGGCAUGAGAAAAUAUUAUGGUACUUGAACCUCUAGUAUAAGUUUUCUUUGAGUUGCAUAGGCAUUCAAAUUAUGAUAUUUGUGGAACAGUGGACACAUGUUGCCAGUGUUGUCAUAUUCUUUAAUUUGAAUUUAAAUGACGAGCGCUUAGAGUUAGA